AUGAGCGACGAGUUCAACACUCCCAACCGCAGCUUCCGACCGGGUGAUGACCAUAUCUGGACGUCGCUGGAGAAACCCGACGGUGUGAACGGUGCGCUUGAACUCUAUUCGCAUAACAUGACUUCGACCAAAUGCGACGACGACGGAACGUGCUACUUCUACAUCAAGGCUGUCGACGAAUUGAACGUCAUCCACGUCUACAAUAUGUACACGCACCCUCCCGGAUUUGUGGACGCUUACUUCUUCUAUCGCGCAGCAAUGGUUCAGUCGUGGAACAAAUUCUGCUACCAGGGUGGAAUGAUCGAAACGCGCGUACAACUCCCGGGCGUCGUCGCACCCGACUCUGGCAAUCCCGAUCUUGCCAAGGGCAAAAACUCCAAGGUCGAAGCGACCAAGUACUACCCAACGUGGCCCGGCAUCUGGAUGAUGGGGAACCUUGGUCGAGCUAUUUUCUCGGCAUCAACGAACCGCAUGUGGCCGUUCUCCUACGACAAGUGUGAGCCGGACCUCUUCGACCCGAGGUACCAACGUAUCAGCGCGUGUAGCGACAACCCGGGCUACGGAUUGAACCCAAACCAAGGCCGUGGCGCCCCUGAGAUUGACGUGUUGGAAGGCGGCGCUACGCUUGUGUCGUCGUCACUUCAAAUUGGACCUGGUAUGCCUGAUGAGUACCGUGUUAUUGGCGUUAACUACUCAAGCGGAGACAGUUCGUCAUGUAUCUAUGCUGGUUCGUGCAUGAGUGCCGGCGCGAAUUACGUCGACGUCCCGACGGCGUACUACAAGAAGGAGCGUGGACACAAGUCCUGGUACCAGGGACUGCGUUAUUCAGCCAACAACUACUGCCAGCAGGACGCCGAUGCCAAGCAAUCGUACAGCACAAUUGCUGCAUCCGUGAAAUCUGGCAUCACUGAGAACUCGUGCUCGGUGGACAUUUGUCCUGGUUCAAACGACGUCAACGGCGAUUUGAGCUUGAUUGACGGCAAGGGCGAUGAUCACUGGGGUAUCAACACGAACGGCACCUGUUUCCCACUUUUCAACGUGUACACCGGCGCCUACUUGUGUGACCCGGACAACUCAUUCUACAAAUGUGCCCAGCCGCGAAAUGAGUCUACUACACCCAAGUCGAACGCCAUGAGCUCGUUCAACUAUCAGAUGGACGCCAUCUCGGCCAAUUGGCCCGUGCAUCUCGGCGCGUACAUGGAGUUUGUGACUUACCAGCUCGAGUGGGUCACCGGCAAGAACGGGUACGUGCGAUGGAAUCUCAUGGGUAGCCCGCUGUUUGAAGUGCCGUCCAAGGCUAUCUGGGAUAUCCCGCAGAAUACGAACAAAACGAAUCCGACCAAGACGAUGCUGGAGGAGCCGAUGUACCUCAUUUUCAACGUCGCGUUGUCGAGUUCGUGGGGUGCCACGCCGCCCAACCCGGGCAAGGAAUGCCGCGGCGACGGCUCCGAUAAAGAGGCCAACAAGAUCUGUGGCGCCUUCCCGUUGUACCUGAAGAUCGACUACAUCCGUCUGUAUCAGGACUUGGCAGAUGAUCUUGAUGCCGAUAACUACAUGCACGUUGGCUGUGAUCCCGAAACGCACCCUACCAAGAAGUGGAUUGACGCUCAUAUCGAUGAAUACGAGGACGACGACAAUAAACACAAGGAGGUACCUUGGGUAAGACGCUGUUGA